CCACAGUAAUUUGGGAAGUGUUUCCAAAGUAGGGUUGCCACCUUUCAGAAAUAGAAAUAAGGGACCCACCCCCUCCCAAAAAAACGAGGCUAAUAGAGAGACGGGAUGCUGUGGUCAAUUAUUAUUACUUAUAAUUGUGAGCGUCCGCAAAUGCGGAAACAAGGUUGGACCUCGAAGCGGACAACAAGCGGGGGAUAAGUAGAAGGGUUUAAUGAUUGCAAACAAAAAAUAACACGCGAUCGUGGGAUAGUAGAAAUAACAAAAGGAGUCCGUGACAGCAGGUCGACGGAGCUCAAUACUAAAAACUCGAAGAUUAACUAAGACAAUAGGCAGCGAGCCAAAAAGCCAAAAUAAAAACACUCAAAUACCUGCACAGGGUAGAGGUUACAAACGAGUGCAGCACACUAACAGAAAAAACCCAAUGCAGGGGCGUAACAAGCAAAUGUAGCGAGACUAUAGUGCGAGAUGUCAAAUGGCGAUCAGCAAAGCAAAUAUCUCGGCAGCCUUCUCUGAGCUCACCCGUGCUUAAAUGCUGCGUUGAUAAGCCCGCAUUGGAUUCAGGUGCGACGUCAGGAACGCCCCCACUAACAGCCCAGCAACAAAACACAAUCUAACCAGCAGCAGAAUGUGACAAUAAUUUCAUGAAAGUUGCACUGUUUGGCCUUUGAGAGGUUUAAAAAAAGUUUACUCAGUUCAUUCAGAGUUUAUUAUUAUGAACUUAUUUUUACUUUGUACUAGUCUUUUUCCUAUUUUGCAAAGGUAAGCAACAGCCUGACAAAGGCUUGAUAGCAAUGAUUUCACAUCCAAUUAUGUAGCUCUUUGGGGAAAAAAAAAAAAAAAAAGAAUUAAAAAAAAAAAAUAUAUAUAUAUAUAUAAUCGGGUGGUAUCGGUACGGUAUCGGUAUCGGCCGAUACUGCACAGCCAGGUAUCGGUAUCGGGGCCAAAAAAUGUUAUCGGUGCAACACUAGUGUUUAAUUUCCACCGACAUGCGGAUACAUCCUCUCUCAUUGCUGUCUUCACAGGCAAUCCCACAAAUCAAAGUAAUCAAAGUCAAACAAAAAAAAGUCAUAAAAGUAACACUUUAGACAAUUAAGUCCCAUCCUGCCAUCUUGUGGUGAAAAGAUAAUAUGUCAAUAAUAACAAGCAAUAGGAACAUUAUUUCAACAUCAACUGAGGACACAGUUAUGAAUACAAAACAUUUCUCCCAACAUUUCUCUCAACAAGAAGAAAGAACAGACCUACAAAAGUUCAUUUUGUGGUGGCCCUUUAUUUUGGAACAUAAUUCAUCAACGGAAGUUGUGUGUACGUUUGGCCAAGCGCGUCACCGGCUACGUCACAGUCACGUGACAUAGACUUAAUAGCCGUGCGCGUUCGGCUGAGUUGAGAGUUCACGAGAGUUCACAGAGAGCAACAGAGUUACAGCGGCAAUUCGAGCUAACAAGACUCUCAACAUUUCAUACCGCCACAAUUUAUUUAUUUUUUCAACCAUGAACUUUAGUUCAAAAUGUUGCAUUAUGAAUUAUGAACUGAACUGUAGAAAAUGAACUUUCCCAACACUGGUUAAGAACCACUGGCCUAGAAAAAGGAAGGUUGGAAAUGCGGUCGUUGGCCUCUCUCUGUAGUUUCCUCUUUUUAGCAACAGAUGUCACUAGUUUCCUGUUUUGUAAGCCUACACCCAAACAGUUGAAGUGUCAGGUAAAUUACAUUUCUUAACUGUGGCUUAUUCGGCCUUGAAUCAACAAUGACUAUUUUAUAUUACCUUAAGUGAUGUCUGUAUUUUGUUUUAUGUAUCUGUUUCAUCUGGUCUAAUCAGAUUGCAAUCAUUGCACCCACGUUCGCCAUCUGCACUUUGAGUCUCAAUCAAUCAACUACAAAUAGGUUCUUUCCUGACUGCGCACUGAGAAGGAAAUGGCAGGUGCUGACUGAGAGAAAGCGAGACUUCGACGGACCAUUAGCCGAAUGGGAGAAAGUGGGACCAUCAUCAAUUCUCAUUUGACUGCCUCCGGGACACUGAGGCUGCAGGGGAGAAAAUCCUAGUAGGCAAUGUUCUGCAGAUGCCCAGCUCUGAUGUGCAGGACACAAUGAAGCGCCUGGGCAUCAACUCUGAAGAUCGUUCACGACUCACUACUGCUCUCUCCUGUCUAAAGAGUCCUACGGAAACAGGUGAAGCUGUGAGAAAUAAUCUCCAACAUCAGCGCGCUGCCAGCCAACCUGCCGUGACUAAGCCCACAGUUGGCCAUGGCCGUUCCAUCUCCAUAUCCGUGGUUCCGUGCUCAGGUGAAAGCCCACCUUACAUCCCUCCUGAGGAAAUGUCUCCCGCCUUCUCGGAGCCCAACACUCCCUCUAGAAUCCGUGCUUCUAAGUUACAAACAGCCAAAACGGCCCAUACGCUUCCAUCGCCUUCCCGCAAACUGCUGCAGCUCCUGCCGAUGUCAAGAAGCAAGAGUCAUGACUCUCAACCUGUCAACCACACUGAGGAGCCAGCAAACCACAAGACCAAUAAGAAGAACAAGACUCUGGCUGCUAUUCAGCUCAACGGAAACAGUUUUGAGGAUUUGAACCUUCGUUCACCCUUGCUGUCCGCUGUCCCUGCAUCAGCCCCAUAUACAAUAACUGCUGCCCCGACUUUCCUGGACAACAUCGCUUUGCAAAAGAAUUCACCGCAGACAGUGAGGCGGGAUAUUGGCUUGGCUGUUACGCACAGGUUUUCAACUAAAUCAUGGCUCUCCCAGACAUGCCAAGUCUGUGGCAGGAACAUGAUCUUUGGUGUAAAGUGUAAACACUGCAAAUUAAAGUGCCACAACAAAUGUACCAAAGAAGCUCCUUCUUGUCGGAUUUCAUUUCUUACAUUGCCAAAGAUACGAAGAGCGGAAUCUGUGCCUUCUGAUAUCAACAAUCGAAUUGAUCACAGAGCGAAGAUCCCAUUGCAGUUUCGUACGUUACCAAAGGCAGUCACCAAAAGGGAGCCUCGUGUCCAGCUUGACUCAAGCAGUAACCCAUCAUCAGCCGCCUCCUCCACACCUUCCUCUCCUGCACGUUCCCAGCAGAGCAACCCACCCAGUGUCAGCGCCACGCCCCCACUCAACACACCUCCACAGGGUUUCCAAGAUCAUAACUUUCGCUUCCCAGAUGUUCCUGAGUGCAAGAAUACUGAUAGUCAACAGUCGGACAGCUCCAAUGCAUCUGGAGUAUCACAGGCAGCCAUUACUGAGACGCCGGUGAAAGCAGCUGAGCAAGACCAGAAGGCAGAGGCGGAUCAUCCGGCCAGUGAUGUCCAAGACAAGUCCUUCUCCAAUGAGGACUUUGAUGAAGACGGGCUGGAAGAUUUGCCCUCUUCCAUCUGUCGUCGUAGGACUGGUGGCCGCUGGAGGGGGGGCAUCGACCGGAAGGCCAGUCAGACCAGCAUCUACCUGCAGGAAUGGGAUAUCCCCUAUGAGGAGCUGCAGCUUGGAGAGCUUAUAGGAAAGGGUCGUUGGGGGAAAGUGUUCAGGGGUCGCUGGCACGGAGAGGUUGCCAUUCGCCUUGUAGAGAUCGACGGCAAUAAUCAGGAGCAUCUGAAGCUUUUUAAGAAGGAGGUGAUGAACUACAGGCAAACUAGACAUGAAAAUGUCAUUCUGUUUAUGGGCGCCUGCAUGGCUCCACCGCACCUUGCUAUUGUCACCAGUUUCUGUAAAGGGGUGCCUUUAUACUCUUUUGUAAGAGAAACCGGUCAUUUGUUGGAUAUGAAUAACACCAGACAGAUUGCACAGGAAAUUGUAAAGGGAAUGGGCUAUCUGCAUGCCAAAAGCAUCGUUCACAAAGAUCUGAAGUCUAAGAAUGUUUUCUAUGACUCCAACCGAGUCGUUAUAACAGAUUUUGGUCUAUUUGGGAUGUCUGGUGUGGUACAAGAAGGCAGAAGAACAAGUGUGUUGAAGAUACCCCAAGGAUGGAUCAACUACUUGUCACCAGAGAUUGUUCGCGUGAUGAGCCCAGAGGUUGCUGAGGACCAGCUGCCUUUCUCAAAAGCGGCCGAUGUUUAUGCUUUUGGCACAAUCUUGUAUGAGCUGCAUUUCAGAAACUGGCCAAUCACCAACCAGCCUGUGGAAGCUAAAAUCUGGUUAGUGGGUAGCAAUGAGGGCAUCAAGAAGGUUCUAGCGGAUGGCAGCCUAAGCAAGGAAGUUACAGAAAUCCUUUCUGCCUGCUGGUCUUUUGAAAUAGAAGAAAGGCCGACCUUCACCCACCUGGCCGGUAUGUUGGAUAGGCUACCCAAACUGAACCGCCGACUGUCCCACCCUGGACACUUCUAGAGUUCAACUAAUGAUGUCACAUAGCAAGUCUGAAUUCAACCAACACCUUCACUGCUGUGAUUGACAAAAGGGAGUAUGAAAGAAGGCGGAAUUGACUUUUUAUGUACAGAAAGAAUUAGAACUAUAAUGGACCUCUAUCUCCCUUUAUUAAUGGUGUACAGUCUGUGACUUUUUAACAGAGCUCUAUUUCUCUGGAUUGAUUGUGUAUAGUAAGUGACUUGUAAUGAAAUUACUGAGUUUGUACCUUACAAAAGUUAAAUGUAGUUUUACUAUCAUCUGAUUUUCACUGCUGUAAUGUUCUACUUCUUAAUACGGACUGAUCCACACUACGGCUCCUGAUGCACCUGAUCUCUAUAACUAUGAUUAAGAAUGCCAAUACUUCUCUCCAUACCAUUUGUUUCUGUUAUUGUUCUGUUUUUUUAUAACUUUUCUUUUUUCCCCUCCUGUUGAGUCCAUGAACUCAUUAUCCUAUGUCAAUGAACGUGAUAAACUUAAAUCCAUUUAAAUUUUAAUUGGGAGGGUUAAUAUACUAAAGCCAUAGGGGCAGUUUACAUGGCGACUCUGCGACACAAAGACGCAAUGACUGAGUAGCGGACUCGCCUCGCGUGCAUAUGGUGUCGGCGAAGACGGAAGGCGAAGACAAAAAAUUCUGAAUCCUGCCUCUAAAGUGGAAGAAUCCGAUUGCAGGGGGUUGAGGGGGGGCUCCCUCGGCAUGCAUAUCAAAGGCUCCUGCGGCGCGAGACCGCGCUGUUUGCGUCAGCACUCGUACAUGUCACAUUGGGCGUGCGCAGCGGUGCUACUCAACUUUAAAAACCGCAAAUAUGGCAGAAUAUCGGCUUUAAUUUACUGUUUUAAUAAUAUUUUUUAAAUCAAAUAUGUAGAAUGUUUCAAUUUUUGUGCCUUUUUGAACAAAUGAAAAAUGACAUUGCUUCGAGUGGGCGGGCAUAUUUUUUUCCGGGCUGAGGGAGCUUGGUGGGGUCAAAGUGCAUCAUUGUUGCCCUGUAAAUCUGCACUGCUCCCUAGGGCCUGGCAUGAAUACUACAUUGUUUUCAUGCGGAAUUGCGACAUUGUUCAAAUGGAGACACAGAUGCAAAUGCAAAUUUGAAAUUUUUCAUAUUCUCGGAGAGUCACCAUGUAAACAGCCCCAUAGACUUCAUAACCUAUUGGCAUGACACAGGAAACGGGGCCGAUUCGUAGGGGGCCUAUUUUCAAAAACUUCAAUUUCAAAUAUUUACAAAACCAAAGCUGCUACCGACCUAAAACAAAAACAGGCACCUACCUUAGCCAUAUAUGAGUCUCCAUGAGCAGUGGCAUAAAAAAAUUCAAAGUCUUUCGCUUAUAAAAUUCCGAUUAAUUAUUUCUAUGUAAGUAUAACACAACUUAAAAUGGCUGUAAAAGUCUCAGAUUUUACGCUAGAUGCACAAAAAUCACCAAAUGCAGAGAUAAUCACCUAUAUUUUCAGGGUCAAUAGCAAUAUUUAACAUAUAAGUUUUUGACCAAACUUCGAUUUUUUUUUUUUAUUUACUUCAAGUUUUCAACAGCUAAUAAAUCACUUAAUUUAACAUCAGAAACUUAAUACUUGAUAAUUAAUUAAUUAACUAGAUAAUUAAUAAAUUCUGUAUGCAAUCACAACUUAUUAUAGAAUAGAAUAGCCCUUUAAAAUCAUUAUACACCAUAUACUCUUAGUGAAUGAGGCUAGCGGCCGUCUGGCGUAAAAGGAGCUUUUCUGGCAAAACUUCUUGUGAAUAAAUGCUUAAAUCCCUGAAUUCUUCAUAGAUGUGGACGUAACACAGUCUCAAUUCUUGGUUAAAAGCAAAGAAACCAUGCAGUUAGCGUUUAUUUUACGUAUAUUGACGAAGUACAAUGCUAGUCUGUUAGUGAAUGUAGCUAGCGGCCAUCUGAUGUAAAAGGAGCUUUUCUGGUGAAAAUUCUUGUGGAUAAAUGCUUAAAUCCAUGAAUUCUUUAUAGAUCUGGACCUAAAACAGUCUCGAUUCUUGGUUAAAAGUAAACUAUGAGGCUAGUCAGUUACGGAAAUUUGCCGCCUCCAUGUGUAAAAAAAGAAGAAAAUUCCUGCUAAUAAAUGCAAAAUGCAUUCAAAUGUAUGCAAUCACGCAUGCAUGGUACGAAAAAUAUAAUAUUUACCUUGAAUCCUCGAACUGAUCACUCCUGAGACAAUCCUUCCUGUUUGUAUGCGGUACAGCUUUCGUAGUUAAAUCCAAUCAUAAGUGUAUCCAAGCUUAAAUCCGACAUAAGCGUGUGCCGUCUUCGGCUAUUACUAAAUGAAGCUCGGCUCCCCCUGUUAAGACGUUACGCAAAGAAUGACGAAGUGACACGUCAAUAGUAAUGAAGUCUAUGCUAAAAAGCCCCUUUCACACACUCUGAAACACAGGAAAUAUCGCGGGACUUAACUGUGCAGCAGUUGUAUGUGAAAACAAUUUCCCGGGUCGACUGACACGGAGAUAACGCGGAAAUUUCACGGGUUGCGUCUUAGUAUAAUGUCCGGGACUUUCCCGGGAAGUGGUGUGCGUGAAAGCAGGCGUUAAUUUCCCAGGUCACAGCACAAUGGCUGAUGACGUAAAUAUCAUAGCGGGCCGAUUGUCACUUCCUCUCUCUUCGCAGUAAGAUGAAAAGCGGUAAACGAACAUCUCAAUUAUCAACAUAGCAAGCUGGAAAUAGCUAAAUUAAACUGAAAACAUAACGAAAUUAAAUUGCUAUAGGAUCGUAGAACCGAGGAAGAGAGUCCAUCAGCCAUCUUUGGAAAUGUGUGGUUUAUUUUGUUGCCAAUGUUAGUGUCCGCUACUGUGGAAACAAGGUUGUAGUUCAAAGCAGAAAAUAACGGAGGGAGCCGUUCAAGGGUUUAAUAAAUACAAACAAAAAUACACGCGAUCGCAGAAAAGGGGAAAUAACACAAGGGUUCGUGACAGUAGGUCAACGGGGAUCAAUAAUACUAACCUGAGCGGUAGGCAGAGAGUCUAUAAGACAGCAAAACAGAGCCAGCGGGAUUCUUCCUUCAACCCUUUUCUUAGAUUGCCUGGGGUUGAUAAGCUUCGAAUCGGCUGCAGUUAUGACGUCGGGAAUGCUACCUCCGGAACAAAACCUGAUUUGACCAUUGUGGUGACAGCAGAUGCCGACGAAAAAUGACGUAAUGUCCGGGUUAUAAACUCGCGCCAGCAGCCCUCCCCGCACAGAGAGCGCCAGUGGGCAACACGGGACAAGUCUGUGAAAGUGUCCAACCCACAUGGUUCUCGGGACAUCUCUACAUGCGUGAAAGCAACGACGGGAGUAAAUCCCACGUUACCUUACACGGGAAUUUCCCUGGAUAUGUGUGUGAAAAAGGCUUAAGUUAUUAGUAAGUAAUAGUAAUAAGUAGGUUAAUAUACUAUACUAAUAUAAUAACAUCUAUAGCCGUCAGUGGCAGCGAGUAGGUUAAAGUAUUAAACGAUGUGUCUUUUUAAAGUUUCAUGGCAUCCACUUUGAUCCUCAAGAUGAACCGAGGAGUUAUCAUGUAAUUAUUAUGAGGAUAAUUUUGGUGUUCCAUGUGGCGUUAUCAUGACUAGAAUAAUAAAAUGGAACAAGGAAAUUGUGAGGCAGACAACAUUCCAUUGCACAUUAUGUAACAAGUAUGUAGUUUAGUAUGUAGUAGUCCUAAGUUAAAUGAAUAGUUACCCAACCACUAGUACACAUAAAGGUCUUCUUGAAUGCCUGAUCAUCUCUAAAUAAUCAAAUCCAGUCACGGAUUAAGAAACUAAUGUGUGAUAUACAGUACACUGUGGUAUGAAAAAGUAUCUGAACCUUUUGGAAUUUCUCACAUUUCUUCAUAAAGUCCCCAUCAAAUGUGAUCUGAUCUUUUUCAAAAUCAAACAGAUGAAAGUACAGUGUCUGCGUUAACUGAAACCACCCAAACAUUUAUAGGUUUUGUUUGAACAUGUUUAUUUCGAAUACUUAAUACAUAGGUACCAAUAACCGGUGACAAUAAUAAAAAGAUAAACAAAAUAUGAGUAUUCGAAAAGGAGUGAGAAGAAGUAAAACUUACUUACUCCCACCCCUUGUCCUAAAUUCCUGACAUACCAGUUUCAUUCUUUACAUUUAAAUAUAUACAUUCUUGUUUAACAUAUAAACAAUCUCACCAUGUAACCCUGCAUAUUACCUAUACACAAAUGUUGCAAGGCCCAGUCCAUUAAUCAGCCUAGAAAACAUAAAUAAAUUAAUAAACAACCACAAUGUCCCAUAUCACAAAAACCACAACACCCUAGUUGUCAUCCAUAUCUCCCUCAUCCUUAUAUUUUUUGAAAAUCAUAUAUCUAUACAGUUUCUUAAAUUGUCCUAUAUUUAUACAUUCUUUUAAAUCCGCACAAAAUAUCUUCAGUAGUCUCACCCCACAUACUGAUACGCAAAAACAUUUCCUUGUCGUCCGAAAUCGGUACUUUGAAGUCCCUAUAUCCCCGUAAAUUGUAACUUUUUUCAUAGUUGGUAAACAACUGCUGAAUAUUCUGAAGUAAUAAAUUUCUUAUAGCUUUGAACAUUAUUUGUGCUGUUUGGUAUUGUACGAUAUCCAAAAACGUUUGACUUAAGAAAUAGUGUGUUUGUAUGAUCCUGAUAACCAGCUUUGUGUAUGAUCCAUAAUGCCCUUUUCUGCAGUACAUUUACUGAAUAUAGCAAAGUUUUGUAAUUAUUGCCCCAUACCUCGGGUUUUCAUGUUUUAAUGAGGAUAGCAUGCAAAAAAUGACACAAGGGGGAAAAAUAAGCAAUUAAACCUCUGCCUAAGGAGACUGAAAAAGCAAUUGAAACCAAUUUUUACCAAUCAUUUUGAGUCAGGUGUGUGCCCAAUCACUGAUGAGUGGUUUAAAGCUGCUCUGCCCACUAUGAAACACACACCUGGUAAGAAUUGUCUUGAUGAAAAGCAUUGUCUGAUGUGUAUGGUCAAAAGAGCUGUCUGAAGACCAACGAGCAAGGAUUGCUGAUUUGUAUAAAGCUGGGAAAGGAUUCAAAACCAUCUCUAAAAGUCUGGAUGUUCCUCAAUCGACAGUCAGAGAAGUUGUCUACAUAUGGAGAGAGUAUGGCACUGUUGCUUCUCUCCCAAGGAGUGGCCGUCCACCAAAGAUGACGUCAAGAGUUCAGCGCAGAAUACUCAGAGACGUAAAAAAGAACCCAAGAAAUCACUGGCACAGUCCAAUAUCUCUGUGCACACAUCAACUAUACACUCACCGGCCACUUUAUUAGGUACACCAUGCUAGUAACGGGUCGGACCCUCUUUUGCCUACCGAACUGCCUCAAUUAUUCGUUGCAUAGAUUCAACAAGGUGCUGGAAGCAUUCCUCAGAGAGUUUGGUCCAUAUUGACAUGAUGGCAUCACACAGGUGGUGCAGAUUUGUCGGCUGCACAUCCAUGAUGCGAAUCUCCCGUUCCACCACAUCCCAAAGAUGCUCUAUUGGAUUGAGAUCCGGUGACUGUGUUGGCCAUUUGAGUGCAGUGAACUCAUUGUCAUGUUCAAGAAACCAGUGUGAGAUGAUUCCAGCUUUAUGACAUGGCGCAUUAUCCUGCUGAAAGUAGCCAUCAGAAGUUGGAUCAUAAAGGGAUGGACGUGGCCAGCAACAAUACUCAGAUAGGCUCUGGCAUUCCAACGAUGCUCAAUUGGUACCAAGGGGCCCAAAGAAUGCCAAGAAAAUAUUCCCCACACCUUUACAUCACCACCACCACAUGCCUGAACCGUUGAUACAAGGCAGGAUGGAUCCAUGCUUUCAUGUUGUUGACGCCAAAUUCUGACCCUACCAUCCGAAUUUCGCAGCAGAAAUCAAGACUCAUCAGACCAGGCAACGUUUUUCCAAUCUUCUAUUGUCCAAUUUCGAUGAGCUUGUGCAAAUUGUAGCCUCAGUUUCCUGUUCUUAGCUGAAAGCAGUGGCACCCGGCGUGGUCUUCUGCCUCAAAGUUCGACGUACUGUGCGUUCAGAGAUGCUCUUCUGCCUACCUUGGUUGUAACGGGUGGUUAUUUGAGUCACUGUUGCCUUUCUAUCAGCCCGAACCAGUCUGGCCAUUCUCCUCUGACCUCUGGCAUCAACAAGGCAUUUCCGCCCACAGAACUGCCGCUCACUGGAUAUUUUUUCUUUUUCGGACCAUUCUCUGUAAACCCUAGAGAUGGUUGUGCUUGGAAAUCCCAGUAAAUCAGCAGUUUCUGAAAUACUCAGACCAGCCCUUCUGGCACCAACAACAAUGCCACGUUUAAAGUCACUCAAAUCACCUUUCUUCCCUAUACUGAUGCUCGGUUUGAACUGCAGGAGAUUGUCUUAAACCAUGUCUACAUGCCUAAAUGCACUGAGUUGCCGCCAUGUGAUCGGCUGAUUAGAAAUUAAGUGUUAACGAGCAGUUGGACAGGAGUACCUACUAAAGUGGCCAGUGAGUGUAUGUAAAACUAUGCCCACUCCUCAGAGGAAGUCACUGUUGUCUAAAUAAAAACUUUGUUGCUCAUUUAAUGUUAGCAAAAAAGCACUUGGAACAGCUCACCAACAUCAACACCUCAUCCCCACCGUGAAGCAUAGUGUAGGGAACAUCAUGAUUUGGGGCUGUUUUGUUGCCUCAGGGCCUGGACAACUUGCAAUCAUUAAUGGAAGAAUGAAUUCAAAAGUAUAUCAGAUGUUUUGCAGGAAAACCUGACACUGUUUGUCAGACAGUUGAAGCUAAAAAAGACGAUGGAUGCUGCAACAAGACAAUGAUCCAAAACACAGAAGUAAAUCAUCUUCAGAAUGGUUUCAAAAGAACAAAAUACACACUCUGAAGUGACAUCCAACAAAAUACACGUUCUGAAGUCAAAGUUCAGACUUCAACCCCAUUGAGAUGCUGUGGUAUGACCUAAAGCAGGGGUGGGCAAACUAUUCCACAAAGGGCCGCAGUGGGUGCGGGUUUUUGUUGCAACCCAUUAAGAGGACACCUUUUCACCAAUGUGCUGUUUUUCAAGUGCAAUCAAUCAAUUGCAGUCAGGUGCUUCUCAUUUCUGCUGAAACCUCAUUGGUUAAGCUAUCUGUGCUGGGUCAGUUGGAACAAAGGACCGGUUUGCCCACCCCUGACCUAAAGACAGCGAUUCAUGCCAGACAUCCCGGUAAUCUAACUGAACUAGAGCAGUUUUGUAGAGAAGAAUGGGCCAAGAUUAGUCCUGAUCGGUGUGCCAGACUGAUCUGGAGCUACAGGAAGCGUCUGAUUGAUUGCUUGACUGAUGAAAUACUAAAUGUAAUUGUUCACUUACUUAUUUUCCCCCCUUCUGUCAUUGUUUGCAUGGUAUCCUCAUUAAAAUAUGAAAACCUAUAAAUGUUUGGUUGGUUUGAGGUAAAGCAGACUCUGUUUUUCAUCUGUGUGAUUAUGACAAAAAUCGGAUCAAAUUUGAUGGUGAUUUUAUGCAGAAAUGUGAGAAAUUCCAAAAGGUUCCGAUACUUUCUGAUACCACUGUAGUAUGCACACGCGGUUCACUGUACCAACAAUAAAUCCAGGCAAAUUGGUCAAAUUUAAAUUUAAUUGCUAAUUGAUAUAAUUUAAUUCCAUUAUAUACUCCUACAUCUUUAACAUUUACUAGAUUAUCUUGUUAUCCAAAUUUCCCUUGGAACAUUGUCAGUGAGUUUAAUGAGGGGAAAGAAAACAUAAAUAUAUGAAUUGUUAACACAUAUACAGCAGAGCGUAAAGUGAGUUUUCCUUUAAAUGGUUAUAUUAAAUGUUUACUAUGUGUAUUUUUAAACAAUGUGUAAAAAUGAAUAAGUCUCAUAGUGAAAUAUACAUCGCACUGUCUGCACUUCAUACAGUAAUUAUAUCUUUUAUACGUGUUAAACUGGUCAGGAAAAGUUCUUACUUGAACCUGUGACUACUUCACUUUUCACAAUCCACUAUGAAUAUUGCCGCUGUAACAUCCUCUAGUCUAUUGAAAAGAUUGAUUGUUCAGAAGCUGCAGGAUUCAGCUAAUUUGGCUUUAGUUCCUUUUAUUAACAUGUGUGCCACGUUGGCUUUGCGAAUACUGGAAUAGAUGGUUUACAUUGUUAACGUACGUAAUGUAGCUAUAUACGUAUGUGCUGUAUGUAUGUAUAUACAAAGAUAAAAUGAGCUAUUGUUUAAAAGUAUUUAUUAUUCCAUCUUUAUUUUCUGUGUCCUUUUAAAGGAGCAAUAUGUAAGAUUUGCACUUUGAUUAUUCAUGAAAUACCAAUACUAACAGGGUUCUCAAUGGUGAAACCAACAUUUUCCAAUUUAAGUGGAUACUAAGCCCAUUUUAUUGUUAUUGUUUUGAUUCUGUGAUUACAACGGAUUACGAGAAAGUCUAUAUCUUAGUCCAGGUUGCCACAGCUCUGUAGGCGUCGUAAGGUUCCAGAAAUUAGAGAAAGAUAUGCAUAUACACCACUGUUCAAAAGUUUGGGGUCGCUUUUACCCCAAACUUUUGAACCGGAUUGUACAUAAUGAAAAAUCCCAUAUGAUACACUACGGUUCAAAAGUUUGGGGUCAAAGCGACCCCAAACUUUUGAACGGUAGUGUAUAUUGUACUGAGAGUAAGCUUACACAUAUUACAAGAACACAUAGACUUCAUAAUGUAUUGACGGGGCACGGGCCGAUAAAUAGGGGGCCUGCAUUGUUGGCGAGGCCGUCAAAGCUGACCGAGUGGUAGACCGAUUAUAGACAAAGAGCUUUUUUCGUUGAAAAUUAUUGUGAAUAAAUACUUAAAUCCCCGAAUUCUUUAUAUAUAUGGACAUAAAACAGUCUUGGUUCUUGUUUAAAAGCAAAACAAAACAAAAAAACGUGCAGUUAGCGUUUAUUUUAUGUAAAUAUGUCAAACUACAAUGGUAGUCUGUAAGUGAAUGUAGUUAGCGCCGGCCUAAUGUAAACAGAGCUUUUUCGCUGAAAAUUCUUGUGAAUAAAUGCUUAAAUCCCCAAAUUCUUUACAGAUAUGGACGUAAAACAGUAUCGAUUCUUGGUUGAAAGCAAAAAAAAAAAAAUGUGGACCUGGCAUUUAUUUUACGUAAAUAUGUCGAAGUACAAUGCUAGUCUGUUAGUGAAUGUACCUAGCGGCCGUAUGACGUAAACAGAGCUUUUCUGGUGAAAUUUCUUGCGAAUAAAUGCUUAAAUCCCCCAAUUCAUUAUAGAUAUGGACGUAAAACAGUCUCGAUUCUUGGUUAAAAGCAACAAAAAAAAAAAAGCGUGCAGUUAGCAUUUAUGUUAUGUAAAGAUGUCGAAGUGCAAUGCUAGUUUGUUAGUGAAUGUAGCAGUCUCGAUUCUUGGUUAAAAGCAAAAUAAAACAAAAAAAACGUGCAGUCAGCAUUUAUUUUACGUAAAUAUUGUAAACUACGAUGCCAACGCAGUAGCGACUAAUUUCUCCUACUGAUUUUUUUCACAACGUUUCAAAAUGCAUGCAUGGUACGAAAAAUAUAAGAAUUACCUUGAAUACUUGAAUAAUAGGACAAAUCAGUCCUGAGACAAUCCUUCCUGUUUCAAUGUGGUACAGCUUUCGUACUUUUUCAUGUUUGCAUGUUUGUGAAUAGCUCCUCUUGAUGUGGGCGGCCCCUUACUUGAAUGCGAGGCACAGUGCAUGACCGAUCUGAGCCGUUAAUACAUUAUGAAGUCUAUGCAAGAACAUUUACUUAAUUUUGCUCAACUAUGGUUACUUGUACUACAAGUACGUGUACUUGCGUGGACUAGUACUACAAGUAUACCACUGCAAAGCACUUAUCAGUCAGCCCAAAGGGCUGGUUGCAGUAUCAUUUUUGGCCACAAAUUUUACAUAUUGCUCCAAAAGGAAGGCAUACUGCGUUGUGGAACAUUGACCUUUCCAAAUACAUGUAUGCACAGGGCAAAUGUGUCUGGAUAUACUGUAUGUCUGGUGCAUGCACUGAAUAAACAGCUCCCAACACUUCUGGCCUGACAGUAACACAUAGGACAGCAUACUGGUGCACUGUCAAGUGUGCAAGAGACUGUCUCGUAAAACCUUAUUUCAGCAACUCUCAAAGUAAUAUGGAAACCUGGAAUAAUUUGUGUACUUUAAGGUAUGUUUGACUAGUUGCUGUAUGUUUCGUAUGUUUCCUUGUGAUUUAUUGGGGUGGGAUUUUUACAGAGAAUUUGUAGAAAACUUCAUGAACUUUUGUAUCAUUAAUUAAUGUUGUACAUUAAAGUUCA